AUUUGUUAAUCGUAGUUUUCGUUACUUGUUUUUUUUUUUUAUGUGUAUAAAAUGUCUUCAUGUUUUUCUAAAUAACUCCAUAGCUACCGUAAAUUAAUUAUCAUUUUAAAUUAGCAUCCGCAUUUUUGUUUCAUAUAGCAGGCCAGGUGCAUUUGUUUGUUCAUGUGAGAGUCUCAGCUUGAGGUUUAGCUGAACAUCAAGAAGAUAUUUUCUCUACUAACGUGCUCAACCAUACAUAUUUCUAAAGAGAAAAGAUGACUUGUUUCUCCUCGUGUUCUUCUUCUCGCUCUUCUUCUUCUUGUUGUUCUUCUUCUUCAUCAUCAAAGACAUCUGGAAACAAACUUGAUCUUGAGAUAGGAGACAUCAUCAAAAUUCACAGAACGUUUUACUAUCACUCCGCUUUGGUAGUAGGAAAUGAUGCCCUAAUCCAUGUUAUUCGGACAGCUGCUGAAUGUAAAAUUGGUAUUGAAAGUUUUGAUAUCGUAGUGGCAGGAUGCCGUUGGGAGAAAGGAAAUGAUUACGAUAACAUUAAAACACCUUUACCUAAAGAACAAAUCUUUCAAAAAGCAGUGAGCAAAGCAGGCAAGUACGAUUACGAUGUGGCUAAAAAUAAUUGUGACCAUUUCGUGACCGAGUGUCGUUAUGGAGAAGCUUUUUCCAAACAGGUCAAUAAUGAAUUGAAAAAAAGUUUUGCAAUGGGUGCGGAAAGAAUGGCUAAUUCAGUUUGCAGUAGUUCACAAAAUUGCAGUUGUAAAAAGGAUGACAAUGUUCAAAGCGAUGAAUCAAACAGAAUAGUUUAAACAAAAAAAAAAGAAAAAGAUUACAAAGAGAGUUUGUGUUAACGCAAAAUAUUUUAGGCGGCCCCUACUGGCCCCAAGUAUGGACAAGGAAUUUAAAAGCUAUUGUUUUGGAUUGUUUAAAAUAAUACGAUUUUGAAGAAUAAUGUAUUUUUUAAAAAAAAACUUUUGUUGAUUUAAGACUUCUAGAAGUUUUGUCAAAAAAAAUGAAUGUAAAUUAAAUUACAAAUACGAUUUCAGAUAA